AUGGGGAUCCCAGAAGAGAUGUCCGACAUUGUGGGUCGUUUUACGGCCAUCAUCAGAAGUGGACGUGCGCAGGAACAAGACCUGGCAUCCUUCAAAAUAGCAGCAGCGGCCAUGCAAGGAAAACUGGAGUCGCAUCCAUUACUGCAUGGGAUCAGCUUGCAGUGUCUCAGGUUGGUUGACAAACAGGAGAAAGGAAUAACGACAAUGAAAGGCAGGAGGACGGCAGAAUCAGAAGCAGAGCGUCUGUUGAUUGCUGACGCAGGUCAAAGACUGGCUUUAGCUUGCUGCAACCGGAAAUUGGCCCAAGAGUUUGGUCUGAAUUUGAGGACGUAUGGGAACCUACUAGAUGAUUUGCUGCCGAAAAGUGUUCCUGCGUCCGCGCUAGCUCUGCAUUUUGAUGGCAUUCUGCAGCAGAACUUUGAGAUUCUGGACCAGAGAGCGUUGAGGACCACGUCGGAAGGCAUUUGCCGCUUCGUCCUUUGCUUUGACGCUACAUAUCUCACGCCCACGCUGAGCCAGCUGAAGAUUCAUUCCCAGCACGGGCUGGUCGGCGGCAUGUUCAAGACAGGAGCAGAAGGCAGCUGUUUCAUCAGCUUGGAGGAGGAAAAGCUGAACAUUUCUUCUGUAGUGAAGGCCUUGAACAUGCUUGAGAUGAUUGCAUGGGACCCGUGCCAGAAGCGCAAGAACCCGUUGAGCAUUUGCAGCCUCCCGAUAGAGCACAACUUUUCCAACGUGCAAGGGACGAAUCGGUCGAACUGGUUUAUGCUGGAUUUGCUUGGCCGCGUUCUGGAGAAGGCAUCAGGAAUCGUGCGCGCAUUGGUGUUCGACCAGCACAGUAGCCAAUUGUUCAUCCGCAAGGUGAUCCAUGGACAGCUUCAGGGCAUGGACCCGAUUGAGCUGCGGGCUUUACCGUGGUUUGGCAAGCUAUCGUACGAGAGUUUGCCAGCAUGUUGCUUGCCCAGGCUCCCCGUGCGCCUUUGCAAGGAGCCCGUUUCCGGAGAGUACUUUUGGGCCCUGCCGGGAGUUUGCUUCUCGACUGCCUUGGCGGAAGGCAGUUUGGAAGCCAUGACCAUUCCGUGGAGCCUGUCCGGUCUUUGCAUCCACAACUGCAUGACAGCGUUGUGCCUUUCCGGCUUGGUCCACCGAGAUUUGACAAUGGCUGAACGGUGCGAAAACGCCGUGAGUGGCUUCGUCGGCAUGGACCUGUUCAAAAUCUUAGCUGACCGCAAGUGCAAAGCCAUGGAGCUUCCUGCAGGAAGUUGCUUCUAUGCAGGUCAGACGCUAAGCAAUGCCCAAAGUGCCGCUUUAGCGACCAUGGUGGUUACUUUGACAAAACCUCCCUGGUACAAUUGCUUUGAUCAUGGAAAUGGACGGCUCACAGAAAUUUCUGUGGAACAGUGGUUUGCGGGAAUCCGGCAGCAGUCCAGCAAUAGUCAGGUCUCGGCCCGGAGCUACUUUUUGGCAUGUGCAAGACAGAACUUAAGGGCAGGGGAAAUUUUGAACAAGUUGAAAGCUACGCCUGCUCGUCAAGAAGCUGCCUUGACAGAUUCAGAGUUCCAGACUUGCUGUGAGAAUGGCAUGAAAGCGGCGCUUGAAUUGGCAUCCUGGUGCAGCAAGGUGCCGACUGAGAAGCUGGAGAAGUGGUAUCAGGACUACUGUGCCGUCGGCUUCUGGGACACGGAAAAUGAUGCUCUUGAAGAGGACGAACUUGAGAUGGGCGACGAAGAAUUGGCUUGUGAGGAAACCGCAAAGAAUGAAUGCACAGAGUUUUUGGAUGCACUUCAGGCUGAGACCGUGGAACCUUCGGCUUUCAAGGUUGGUGAUGAGCAAGCUGAGUCAACUGAGGAGAGACGCUCGGAAACAGUGGACAAUGACCUAGCUGGAGUUCCUGAUCGAGAACAGCUAGAAGAGCUGAUGGAGAAACCAGCGAUUCUAGAACCUUUUGGAUCUGAACAGUCCAGAUCCGGUCGGAAGCGAAGGCCGCUUCCAAGUACUCUGAGGCAUGCUUUGGCGAACAAAGGCUGCAGGUUGAACAGCAUCUUCCGAUUGUACAAUGAACGGCGUAUCGCGCAGAUCAACCAUCAACAGGAAGAAGGCUUUCACAACAGCCGCACCAGUCGCCUAGCCAAGUGGCGAGAAGUCGCAGAAAGGGCUCGGAAAGAUUUGCAGCUACCUCCUGGAGCGCUGGAAACCUUGAAGCCAGGGAACAUUGUCCUAUUCCACACACCAAGUAGGACUUCCAGUGUGGAAACAGGUAUUAUCUUGUCAGUAUGGCGUGGAGUGAAGAUGCCAAAGCUGAUUUGUGGAGACACACCGAUCAACUCUGUUGUGGCUUUCCGAGCAGUGCAACUUCAGCUGGAAAGCGCAUCGGAGGAGCGUCUAGAAUCAACUAUAUGGCUACAAAAUAAAAGGUAUUCAUUGCAAACACUACAAAAUGAUAGGCAGAGAGUGUAUGAGUCUGUUUGGAUUUACAGUUGGUCAUUCUUUAGAGUAUGGGUUUCCAGAGUGGCUGAUGUAGGAGGCUCUAGGACUUGCUGGCCAUGA